AUGAAAAAUCUAUUGCCAGCAAAAACAGCCGGUAGUAAUGAAAUUAAAUAGCCUCUCUCCCUGGUAAACUAUAUAGACAUAGGAGCAGAAAAUAGAUGGAAAAAAAUUAUAAAAAUUAUUAGUGAUUCAAGGACAUUAAGUCCAGUGGACACAAAAAAGUUCCCUAGGUUUGCAAGUAAAUAUAUACAGUUAAAAUCACAUUUUAUUAGAGAACAUAAGUAUCAAAAUAAAAUCAUCACACCACAUCUAAAUCCGUAAGGAGAGCUAAUGAGUUCAGCAAACCUGAUGGGGAGAAGGGGUAGCAGAAUAUAGGAGGCUGCUGAAUGGCAAAUAGUGAAUGAAAUAUAAGGUGGAAAUCUAUAUACUAUAACCCUCACCAGCAGGUGAAGAAAAUGAAAGUAUGUAUCACUUGCAAUGAAGCUAGUCUGUAGUGCCAGAUGCAAAAGCACCGACAGAAUAAACUGUGUAUGUAGCCUCUUGUUACCGGCGUCUAAGAUCUAUCCGAUUGUACACACCUGCUCUGUUAAAAUAUUGAAACAAUAUUUCUCACAGUUGUUGUACAAAAAGAUCUAGAUAAAUGUAACAGGAGACAGAAGCAUAAAUAAACAUGCCUUCACUAGACUAAUAGUAUAUAAUAUAUAUGACUUCAAGGUCACUAUCUGGAGAAAUAGAAUGAGGGCUUUGGAAAAGUAUCCACCUUAACGGUUAAAAGUUAAACAGCUAAGCACAAUAACCCAUAGUAUACAUACUACCUCAUAAGUCGAUAGCUGAAUAUAUGGAUGGUAAAUAGACUGUACACUAAAUAGCCAUAGAGAUAAGUCCCUUAAUCAUAAUUUCCUUCCUGCUGAAAAUACCCUAAGAAACCCCCCAUCAUAGAGAAUAGUAACUUUGGGUAUGCUAUAUAAAUCCUCUAACCAUAACUAAAAAAGUGCCAAACUAAAGAGUGCUGUGAAAAUAAAAUAAAAAAUAUAGUCAUAAAGCCUGAUGUGUGUUUCGGCGCUACUAAAGCGCCUUCAUCUAAGGCGCCUUAGUCUAAAUCAUAAUAAAGUGCCGUACCCUGUGCCUAUAACGCAGGAAGAAACACGCCUGACGCGAGUUUCGGUGCUAUAUGAGAUGCACCUUCGUCAGGCCCUUUUAAAUAAAGAUUGUUGUUGUUAUAAGGCUUUUUCCUGUGGAAUAAAAUGGUGUUGGUAAAAUAUAUAUAUUAUUACAACUGCUGCAGCUAUACUGUUCAGAAGUUUACAAUCAAGAUCUUUGUUCAGAAGUUCACAAACAAGCUUUUUAGAUAUGUUUGAAUUCAAGCCUUUAAUUCAUCUUGUUACUCUGAUAAUUGUACUGUAUACAUGGUGUCAUAUUUCUAACUAGCAGGUUUUGCUUUACCUGCACCAUAGCUUUUUUUCUCAGGCUGUGGACCCCACAAUUUAUCGAAGGGUGAACCACCAUGUGUAUAUAUAUAUAUAUAUAUAUAUAUAUAUAUAUAUUUAUAUAUAUAUAUAUAUAUAUUUAUAUAUAUAUAUAUAUAUAUAUAUACUUUCUCCUGUCUCAAAUAACAGGGUAUAUGGUAUGUUGCCUGGAUACCACCAGAACCACCAGAUGGACUGUGCACUACUGAGGCAUUACCGAUAGGGGUGAACCCCCUUACUUCUGAGGUGACCUCCCACUAACAUAUGUGCAUUUCCCAACUAAUUGCUACGCACAUCGUUAUAGAGGUAACCCUCUCUAGCCCUGGGAUGAAGCCAAGCGAUACAUAUAUCCGCCCAGUAGUGGCGAACGGAUCUCUAGAGGUGACCCCCCAAGCGUUCUGAACCCAUGGAGGCACUGUAACAGGGUUUCACGGCUCCCAAUUUCACGUGCCUAUAGCCCCAUUUACAUAUAGACCACUAAUCCCGGUCACACAGAGGGUGACCCCCUCUUCUGGCUGCCUGCCAAUACUGCCUCACUAAACAGUGGGCUUUGAUUGCCUGAUAACCUAGGUAAACCCUAGUUGUACGCGGAGGCUUGCUCUGUGUUUUAACAUGUGUACUUCUGUACCUCAACCGAGUCUAUUUUCGUACCCAGAACACAGACCACACAGUGGUAUCGUCACUAAAAGAUGGAUGAUAUCCAUAUGGCGCGGAAUCUCUUCCUCGCAAAUGAUUGGUUCACUUGUCUGGACUUGAAGAAUGCAUACCUGUAGGUUCCAAUCAGAGAGUCGUCCAUUCAUUCGUUUCAUUUGACGGGACCGACCAUGCCAAUUCACUUGUUACCCUAUCUAUCUAGAAGACAUGCUGAUACUCUGCGAGUCCGCAUCCGGACUACGCUCUAAAGUGAGGUUUAUAGUUCUAUUUAUAGGAUCAUUAGGUUUUAUAGUGAACUUAAAGAAAAUUGACUCUAUCCCCAUCCCAAGAAGUCCAAUUCCUCGGGUUCGAAAUAGAUUCAACAAAAUGUGUCCUACGUCUUCCCACUGCGAAAGUGGCCUCAAUUCGUAAGGAGAUUCAUUGUACUCUACAAGAUUCGGUUCCCCUUUGGCUCCUCGCCCGAGUAGUGGUACUCUAUUCCUCUUUUAUACCAUUACCAGCGGAAAGGACACACCUACGACCACUGGGUACCGGUAAAACAUGAGGUGCGAACGUGACUUCAUUGGCAGCUCCUACGUAUGCAAGCCUGGAAUGGCAGAGCCAUCUUCGGGUCCACACCGGAUUUCAUAUUGUUGUUGGACGCCAGCUUCUGAGGCUGGAGAACACACUGCAUACACGCUUUCAAACGGGACCCAUGGUCAGGGGAAGAGACACCCCUUCACAUAAAUUGCUUGGAACUGAUCGCGGCAUCCUUUGCGAUCCGCAUCUUAGCCAAGGACAUUGAGGUAUCCUCCAAAUCCGCAUGGACAAUAUGUAAGCAGUUCAAUACAUUAACCAUCUGGGCAGGGCCCGAUCUCAUGCCUUGACAGAGGCAAUGAGAACCAGUUACUGACUUUGCCUUCCCUGCAACUUCACUCUCCGAGCAGAGUUUCUUCCAGGGAUCACAAAUGGGACAGCAGAAAUUGGUGACUGGACACCUUGGUAUUUGCCAUGCUGAGAAUGGUCAGAGGACUGUUCCACAUAGAUCUAUUUGCCUCACGGAUGAACACACAAACUACGAGAUGGAUUCUACAUCCAUGUCAUCCGUUUUUUCCCAAAGGUUCCCCGUCUCUGUGUGGUGAACACUCUACUACGUUAUGUGAAGGUUACUGCAUCUCUUCGGUCUUGAGGCAGGCCAACUUCUUAUUUGAUUUCUGUCAGACUUCUCAUGCAUCCUUUGCUUUUCGGGUACACCAUUAAAAAAUGCUAAAUUGAAGCCUCCUGUCAUGAUGUAAAAUUGUAGAUUAUGCUAAUGUAAUGUACCUAUAAUCUUAAUUUUAAUAAUGACAGUAGGCAAAUAUUUUCCCUCCCUUGGCUUCCCUCCUUUGACGGUUAUUGUAUUUUAGCCUGUUUACGUUUUCUUAUUGGUUUAUUCAGUUACGGUUUUCAUACUGAUUGUAUAAGUCUAGAUACGCUGAUUUGUCUGGUGGUAGUGCACGAAUGUUGAGUUGUCUACUCUAGUAUGUGGAUAUAUCGCACAUCUCGUAUACAAUAUCCUAAGUUGAUAUGUAUACUGAUAUAUACUCAGGGCCGGUGCAAAGAAUUUUGGGUACAUAGGCGAAGAUGCAUUUUUCCGCCCCCCAAAAAACAUCUUCACCCAUGUGCCUCUUAACCUCCCUUUUGUGUUUCUUAUCCCGUCUUUUAAAUAUCUGACUCCUUUUGCCUUUGUGUGUCUCCUAUCUCUCCUCUUUGUAUGACUCUUACAUCCUCCCACAUUUUGUGUCUUACUCCUCCCAGCCCCUUUGUGUGACUCCUUUUCUCCCAGCCCCUUUGUGUCUCUUUCCUUCUCAAGCCCCGGUGUGUAUUUCUUUCACAUCCAGCCCCUCUCCCUGUCCCUUAAUGGUCCCCUCCCUUCUCUGACCCUUACUGUACCUCUCCCCUCUCUCCUCCUUUUCCUGUUCCUCAGUGUUCCUUUCCCUUCCCCCCUCCUUUCCCUGUCCCUUAGUGUUCCUCUCCCCUCCCCUCUCUGUUCCUUGUCGCUUAGUGUUCCUCUCCCCCUCCCUCCUUUUCCUGUACCUUAGGGUAUCUCUCCUUAGGGUAUCUCUCACAGACACUGUCCCUUGGUGCGCCACCCACCCCCAUAGUGGUCCCCUCCCCUUCCUGGUGUGCCUCCUACCUUUCUUGUAGCGUGGCUGAGCGGAGCGAAUCCCGGUACAGUGAGCUUUUCCUGUCAGUCCUGCCAGGUACAGGAAACAGAAGUUCCUGUACCACGGUACAUUCCGCUUGGCCACGCUACAGUCAGGGGUGUAUAAACACUGACAGUCACACACACUCAGUGACAAACACACAGACAUCUCUGACAGCCAGACUCACUUAUCUGACACACUCAUUCAUUGACAGACACUCACACGCACACUGACGGGCACACAAACACUGACAGACUCAUUGACAAACACACACUGACACACACACACACACACAAACUCACAGAUACUGACAGACACGUAGUCACAUGCACACACGCACAUACUGACAGACACACUCCCACACACUGACAGACACACAUACUCACACACACUCACUCACACACACCGACAGACACACAUACUCACACACACUGACAGACACACAUACACACUGACAGACACACACACACACUGACAGACACACACACUCACACACUGACAGACACACAUACUCACACACUGACAGACACUCACUCACACACAUACACUGACAGAACCAUACAAACUGACAGACACGUACUCACAUGCACACACGCCAUUAUUACUGACAGACACACAUACCACACACUCACUCACACACACCGACAGACACACACUCACUCACACACACUGACAGACACACACACUCACACACUGACAGACACACACACUCACACACUGACAGACACACAUACUCACACGCUGACAGACACACUCACUCACACACAUACACUGACAGAACCAUACGAACUCACAGACACUGACAGACAUGUACUCACAUGCACACACGCACAUACUGACAGACACACUCACUCAUUCACACACUGACAGACACACACACUCACACACUGACAGACACACACACUCACUCACACACACUGACAGACACACACACUCACACACUGACAGACACACAUACUCACACACUGACAGACACACUCACUCACACACAUACACUGACAGAACCAUACAAACUCACAGACACUGACAGACACGUACUCACAUGCACACACGCACAUACUGACAGACACACAUACUCACACACACUCACUCACACAUACUGACAGACACACAUACUCACACACACUCACUCACACACACCGACAGACACACACUCACACACUCACUCACACACACUGACAGACACACACACUCACACACUGACAGACACACAUACUCACACACUGACAGACACACUCACUCACACACAUACACUGACAGAACCAUACGAACUCACAGACACUGACAGACAUGUACUCACAUGCACACACGCACAUACUGACAGACACACUCACUCAUUCACACACUGACAGACACAUACACUCACACACUGACAGACACACACACUCACUCACACACACUGACAGACACACACACUGACAGACACACUCACUCACACACACUGACAGACACACACACUCACACACUGACAGACACACAUACUCACACACUGGCGUGGGUCUCUCAUUGGUGGUCCAGUGGGGCUGCUGGGAGGCGUGCGGCUGAAUUGGAUGCCGAGGUGCCGAGGGAGCUCUGAUCUCUCUGAUCUGCUCCCUCGCAGGCUGCUUACUGAUGCCGCGGGAGCCGGAAUAUGACGUCUGUCUGUGUGUGUGCAUCAGGUGCCUGUGUGUGUGCUGUGUAUGUGUGAGAGAUGCUCUCUAUGUGUGUAUGUCUGUGUGAGGGGUGAUGUGUGUGUGUGAGGGGUGCAGUGUUUGUGUGUGAGUAGUGCUGUCUGGGUGAGGGAUGCUCUAUGUUGUGUGAGGGGUGCUCUGUAUGUAUGUUAGGAAUGCUGUUUGUGAGGGGUGCUCUGUGUGUGUGAGGGGUGCUCUGUAUGUGUGUUAGGAUUGCUGUUUGUGUGGUGUGGUGUGUGUGUGUAAGGAGUGCAGUGUUUGUGAGGGGUGCUCUGUGUCUGUAUUAUGGGGGCUGUGUUUGGAAGGGUGCUCUGUGUGUGAGGGGUGCGGCGUUUGUGUGAGUGAUGCUGUCUGUGUGAGGGGUGCUCUGUGUGUGUGUGAGGGGUGCUGUAUUUGUGAGGGGUGCUCUGUGUGGUAGGGGUGUGGUGUUUGUGUGUGAUGGGUGCUGUGUGUGUGAGUGGUGCUGUCUGUGUGAGGGGUGCCCUGUGUGUAUGAGGGGAGCUGUAUUUGUGAGGGGCACUCUGUGUGGUAGGGGUGCUGUGUGUGUGAGGGGUGCUGUGUGUGUGAGUGGUGCUGUCUGUGUGAGGGGCACUCUGUCUGUGUGAGGGGUGCUCUGUCUUUGUGUGAGGGGUGCUGUGUUUGUGUGUGAGGGGUGCGGUGUUUGUGGAGUGGUGCUGUGUGUGUGAGUGGUGCGGUGUUUGUGUGUGAGGGGUGGUGUGUGUGUGAGGGGUGCUCUGUCUGUGAGGGGUGCCUGUCUGGGUGCUGUGUGUGUGAGGGGUGCUCUGUCUGUGUGAGGGGUGCCUGUCUGUGUGUGAGGGGUGCUGUGUUUGAGGGGUGCGGUAUUUGUGAGUGGUGCUGUGUGUGUGAGUGGCCGCUUGUGUGUGAGGGGUGCUCUGUAUGUGUGUGAGGGUGCUGUAUUUGUGAGGGGUGCUCUAUGUGUGUGUGAGGGGUGCAGCAUUUGUGUGUGAGAGAUGGUGUGUGUGUGAGGGGUGCUCUGUCUGUGUGUGAGGGGUGCUGUGUUUGUGUGUGAGGGGUGCGGUAUUUGUGAGUGGUGCUAUGUGUGUGAGUGGUGCGGCGUUUGUGUGUGAGGGGUGGUGUGUGUGUGAGGGGUGCUCUGUCUGUGUGAGGGGUGUUCUGUCUGUGUGUGAGGGGUGCUCUGUGUGUGUGAGGAGUGCUCUGUAUGUGUGUGAGGGGUGCUCUGUAUGUGUGUGAGGGUGCUGUAUUUGUGAGGGGUGCUCUAUGUGUGUGUGAGGGGUGCAGCAUUUGUGUGUGAGAGAUGGUGUGUGUGUGAGGGGUGCUCUGUGUGAUUUAGGUAAACUAGAAACUGACAUUUAAUGAGGAUAAGUGCAAGAUAAUGCAUCUUGGACGUAAAAACCCAAGGGCAGAGUACAGAAUAUUUGAUAGAGUCCUAACCUCAACAUCUAAGGAAAGGGAUUUAGGGGUGAUUAUUUCUGAUGACUUAAAGGUAGGCAGACAAUGUAAUAGAGCAGCAGGAAAUGCUAGCAGAAUGCUUGGUUGUAUAGGGAGAGGUAUUAGCAGUAGAAAGAGGGAAGUGCUCAUGCCAUUGUACAGAACACUGGUGAGACCUCACUUGGAGUAUUGUACGCAGUACUGGAGACCGUAUCUCCAGAAGGACAUUGAUACUUUAGAGAGAGUUCAGAGAAGGGCUACUAAACUGGUUCAUGGAUUGCAGGAUAAAACUUAUAAGGAAAGGUUAAAGGAACUUAACAUGUAUAGCGUGGCUGGAAAGACGAGACAGGGGGGAUAUGAUACAAACAUUUAAAUACAUAAAGGGAAUCAACACAGUAAAGGAGGAGACUAUAUUUAAAAGAAGAAAAACUACCACAACAAGAGGACAUAGUCUUAAAUUAGAGGGACAAAGGUUUAAAAAUAAUUUCAGGAAGUAUUACUUUACUGAGAGGGUAGUAGACACAAACACUGAAGUGGUAGAGGUUAACACAGUAAAGGAGUUUAAGCAUGCGUGGGAUAGGCAUAAGGCUAUACUAGCUAUAAGAUAAGGCCAGGGACUAAAGAAAGUAUUUAGAAAAUUGGGCAGACUAGAUGGGCCGAAUGGUUCUUAUCUGCCGUCACAUUCUAUGUUUCGAUGUUUCUAACUAUUUGGUCAUUUUAUGCAGCGACCUUCGUUCCUGCUUAGCAAGCAUUGCAUUACAGAUUUCUGACCUAUGUUGGAGCAAUCAGAAAACAUCAUUAAAGCCUAUAUUUCCAUUUUAUUAAAACCUGAGCACAGAUUUUACCUCUCAAACAUACGUGCCAGUAUGUGUAAAGCCCACCUCUUGCACUUCCACCAAGGCAACUUUGGUCUGUCUACAUAGUAAUACAAGUGCUACCGGUCGUCAUAUUGGAGAACAUGUAGUGACAACAGCUGCUAUUCAGAGAAUUAAUUGUGAUUUCUUUAUUCCAGCUGUCUGUCGGCCUUGCGAGAAUGAAGACCUACUUAUGGCAAUUUGCAACAGUGAUUUUGGUGAGUUUAAAAGAAAUACAAUGUAUCUGCUGUCUUACCUUGCUCUGGUUAACACAGUUCUCCAGCAGAAUUCUUACCAACCUGACCUCUAAACUUUCAUUAUCCAACUUAUCUGUCCUUUAUCCAAUCCAUCCAACCAACACAUUCUCAUGGUUUCCUUGUUGAUUACAUAAUUAAUAUGUUUGGUCAUAUAUGUUCACGUCUGCAUUCAGUGUAAUGCACACUAGAUCAUCUCCAAUUAGUAAAUGUAGCCCCCUACUUGAUCUAUUUAUCUCUUUGAACCCUGUGCAUACCUGGUGUCCAGGGUUAUCCUCUCUGGUGAAUCGAGGUAUAGCUGGGAAAAUGAGGCCUUCACUCCGGUGAACUUGCCCACAGAUCUACUGCACAAGCUGGGAAAAUGAGGCCUUCACUCCUGUGAACUGGCCCACAGAUCUACUGCACAUUCCAUGAACCCUCUGGACACAUCUAAGCUCAAUUGGUUUGACACACACAGCUGAAACCUCAAUGCAGUUUGCAAAGUAUUUCCUUGACCAUAAUGAAUCUCACCUUCCCCCAAGAGUUACCAAGAGAGAUUUUUAAAUUUCAGGCUUUAAUGCAUAGAACCUUUAGGAGGCAGACGUCUGUUGGGACACAAUAUUUAUUAAUACCUCAUGCAAGUGACCAAUGGCUAGCACUAAGAUUAGUUCCAGAAGGACUGGAGUAAGAUCACAUGUAACAUAUUGGACACCUCAAUACUGAAAUGCAAGACAAUUCAAUGAAAUGACUGAAUUAGACUAUCAGGCAUUCUGUCCUGAUUUUUUCUAUCACUGUGGAUUAAAUUUCCACAGACUAUGCAUGUUUCUGUGUAUGCUCUUUUUACAGCCCUGCAGAAUAUGGGUGUUCUAAAUCAACCAUUUCGAGACAGACAUCUUUCCAGGUUCUUUGUAUAAAGACCCUGAAGAUAAAGUUUUAUACAAAUGCUAUGAUUACUAAUGGUUUUGAAUCCUUUCACUAGUUCAGGCAUGUUGCUGCACAACUUCUGUAAUCUCCCCUUUAAAUUAGCACAGUAAGUCACUGUUCUAUCUUAAUAGAGUCAAUGUAUUUCACUCCGUAACAUGGCCGGUUAAAGGGACACUAUAGACAACCAGACCGCUUCAUCUCCUUGAAGUCGUCUUGAUGCAGUGUCCCUGUCCCCUUAACCCUGCAAUGUAAAACACUGCAAGAUUUACAUUGCAGCGCUAAGACUGCCUUUAGAGGCUGUCUACCAGACAGCCACUGGGGGCACUUCUUGCAGAUUCUCUGAGCUUGACUACAUGAAACGAUGUUGGAUGUCCUCACGUUGUACAUGAGGAAAUCUAGUGUCAUGCAAAAUCCCACUGAAUCAAUGCUUCUCUAUGGGUAAAGUCUGAUGUGAGUGUGGAGCUAGCCGCUCAUAUACUUUAGAUCCCUCCAGCGGCUGACGUCAGCAGAGGAGGAGCAUGACCCAGCACCAAGGUCCUUCAAGUGCUGGAAUUAGGUAAGUGACCGAAAGGUUAGUUGGUUUUUAUUUUAACACUUUUAAGGAUGGGGGAGGGGUUAGCAGAAGAUGCGUGUGCAGAGGGACACGUUAGUGUUAGGAAUACACCUUUGUAUUCCUAACACUAAAGCGUUCUUUUAAUUAACUUUGCCAGAAGUUAGAGAUACAUAAUGAGUAUUUAAAUACAGAUUUCAAAAACUGGACAUUCUUAACUUCUAUCAAUUAAACCUUUCUUAACCUCAUGACCCUUUAUUCUGUGUGAGUGGGGUCAAGAUGUACGUUUUAAAUAGCUGCCUGUGUGAGUGGGAGAUCUGGAGACAGGACCCUCAAGUAAGAGUAUAAUCACCAUUACAAAAGUUAAGAUAAAUUAGGUUUAACUUAAUUAGAAACUCCCUUCACCAGUCAAAAUAUUUUCAUAAUUAAAUUCUAUAGAGAUUAACAUUUAUAUGUAUGUAUUUCUGUAUAGUUCUUGAAAGACUUAGUUUGUGAGACAGAAAAUAGUCUGUUCUCAACAAGAUAUUAUGUCAUCAUUUCAUAAAGGUCCUGAUUUUAAUUAUUUUUUUUGUCUACCUCAGUUAAUUAGUUAAAGUGACUCCCUUAUACUCCCUUUUAAUUCAUAUGGGUAGUGGGAAAAUCUGUAAGGUCACAUAUAUCACAUACUGUAAAUCACACACACAUAUAUAUAUAUAUAUAUAUAUAUAUAUAUAUAUAUAUAUAUAUAAUUCUUUAUUUAGGUUUGUACAGAAAUACUAUAAAAUAUUGCAUUUUGCAAUAUACUUUAUAUCAAUACAACUUGGUAAGUUCAGCAUCUCCAAACUGUUAGUUUUGACAUUUAUAAAACCAACCAAUUGAAAAUUUGUAAGGUCACAUUUUAUUGAUAUAUGGAAAUAACACUGUAAGAAACAGACCAUGGGGGCUCAAUUAUUAGCUCCUAGUUCAUUUAUCAAGAUUAAAUAAAACAUGUCUGAAACCGGUUUUCCUGCUGUUGCCACCAACAAUUUGAAGCUAAAAACUGUCAUUAGCAUCCUAAUCAUUCCCCAGAUUAGGGACAUCCGCAAAGUUAGCACCAUUACCCCACUGGAUAUAAACACAGCUAUGUACAAUGUGGUAUUUUAUAUCUUUUAUGUUUAGUGGUUCGAGGUUCCAUUGAGAGUGUGAGCCAUGACGAGGUCAGUCGUAUGUCUCGAGUGGACAUCAAAGCUCGGAAAGUAUACAGACAAAGAAACAGCAUAUUCCAGUUAGAUGAUUCCACCGGUGAUUGGGCUGGACCCAUAAGAACAUUGCUGCAGUGCAGAGUCAAGAAAGGAGAAGGAGAAUUCCUCUUCACUGGGAGUGAACAUUUUGGAGAUGCAUGGUUGGGAUGUGCUCCUCGAUUAAGAGACUUUCACCAUAUCUAUCAGGAAGCCAAGGAGCUUAGGACAAACCCAUGUGAAUUUCAGGCUGACUGA